UUUAUUGAUUCUGGAUAAGGACUCUCAUCCUGUCAGGUCUCCUCUUGCUGUGAUUUUCGGAGCAUACUCGAUUUACAUUUUGCGAAUAACUAGCGAAUAAACGAUACACUUUGCGUAUUUGACUAACUUAUAUAGUGUGCAAAAUGAAAAGCACUUUUGUGUUUUUGGCUCUGUUCGUUGCAAAAUGUUUUAUACUGGAGAGCUCGUGCAGUUCUCAGAGCAGGAACAUGUUAAGAUUAACUAAGGUGUCUGGCUUUUCUUGGAAAAACUGCGGUAAGCAAGGUAAUGCUGUACAGAUGAAGACACUGAAAGUCUCUCCCGAUCCCAUUUCUAUUCCUGGAAAAUUGACAGUAGAGGCAUCACUCACAACAUCAGCAGCGUUGACCUCUCCUCUUUCUGUGGAUUUGACACUGAAAAGACGAACUGGUUUGUGGAUUAAAAUACCGUGUAUAGGUCAAAUAGGAAGUUGCCGUUAUCCUAAUGUCUGUGACUUGCUUGAUCAACUAAUUCCUCCAGGACAAGACUGUCCUGAGCUUCUGCAAACAUAUGGCCUGCCCUGCCACUGUCCAUUUAAUGCUGGUGACUACGCAUUUCCACCGUUAGAUUUCAACAUUUCUAAGAUUGAACUCCCCAGAUUCCUGACCAAUGGCAACUACAACGUGCAGGGUGUUUUAAGAAGUCCUGACGGAGAGUUGGGUUGCCUCGAAAUCAGCUUUUCUUUACAAUCCCAAAAAUAACACAGAUCGAGAAAAAGUUUUCUGUUGCGGGAUUUGGGAUGGUGCUUGGAUAGCCAAAUGAGAAGUAGUGUACCAACCAGGAAUGUAUUACUAUACACAGUACAAAUCAGUUUUAAGUGUCAGAAUACACAGUAAUUAUUUACUAUACUUAUUUUUAAUCAGAAAUCUUCAUCUCAUUACUUUAUUUAAUUGGGUGAUUCUCACGAAAUUCAGAUUUAGAAGGUGUCCAGCAUCAGAGUUUUUAAAAAGCCCUUGAAGCCAUUUUUUGUGCACAUAUAAGGUCUGAACUUACUAUACUGUAACAAUAAUUUUUAGAGGAUUUAAAACAUUUCCUAUAGAAUUAUUUAUAUUUUUAGAUUAUCAUUAUAAAAAAUGAUCAUUACCGCAACAUGAUAUUACAUUAAAUAUAUGCAUUUACAAACUCAUGUUUUGAUAAUGAGAACUAAAAAGUUGUCUAGGUAGUAUGACAACUAGUCAAUUAUGUCCCUUUCAACAAUUUUUUUUUUAAAUGUUAGUUCCUUGAGGGCUUAAACAAUGAUUGAAAAUUAUUAUUGUCUCUACAUUUACCAAUGAUCAACAAAUAUACCACAUGUUUCUUUACUGUAAAUGUUUAUAGUAUAACAUGUACUGAAGAUUUAAUUUUUAAAAUUUUU